AUGCAUCAAACAUCCUCCAAAUUGCUCCGCAUGACGGAUGACGAGCGGCCAUUCACGAGGGACUUCAAGGACCUCUUCUCGACGCUCAUGGUCAGCUUGCCAUUGACUUCGCACCGGGUGCGAUUCUCCAAGAUCGACCACACAUUCACGACUGAAGAAGCUACGACUAAUCUCGGCUCUCUCAAAUUCUCGCAAUCAAAUCGAAUGCCAGAUCCCAAAGACACUUCACGAAUAGUGACGACAACGACGACGACGACUUUCUCAAUGGCCCGGGAAAUGGCACGUGCGAUAUGCCAGCGAUUCCUCGAGGCGAGAUUCAUCGAAUCAGUCGAUGGCAAAACCGACUUCCAUUCACGAGGGUCGGUAUGGCAGCUGACUCCCAAGGGAAUGCACAUCCUGGCUCGAUUCUGUCAAAGAAACGGCAUUCAUCAACGGCAUGUCAACGAACUGCUGGAUUCGCCACGAAACAUGAUGCAAUUGGUGAUACUGGAACGGGAUCCCAACACUGACAAGAUCUACCCUGACCGCCCGUCGGUAGAAGUGAUAUUCCGACGGUUUGCUGGCGACGCGGGUCCAAAUAUCAAGACUAAUGCAUCAACAUCCGAAUCAGACUCGAUGAACGACUAUGCCACGGGACUUGUUGGCGUCAAGAUGCAGCGAUCUAGGAGAGAAAAGGACGCGCCGUACCUGUUCAGUGGCAAAGCAGCUUUCGAUUGGUUGAUGGACUGUUGCACAACAGUCGACAAGCGAGAGGCAUUCGAGCUUGGCAACCUGUUCCUACAUUACGGAUUCAUCGAACCAUGUGGAGACGAGCGUUCUGCGACUGGCAGUCAAAAAUCACAAAACGGCAACACCCCACGAUUCGCAGCCUCAAAGCAGGUACUCUACGCCGUCACUCGCCGAGGCCAGCAAGUUGCAGGCUGGAUCACGAGCCCUAAUGGUACCGUGAACGGCGAGGCGACCAUAUCACAACGUGUGCCGCAAGGCGUCGUUCGCGACUCCAACACCAACCGCAUGACCGUCAUUAUCCGCGACCCUGCCUUGAGAUUGCUGUUCAGAGAAUACCUCCGCGAGACUCACUGCGAAGAGAACCUGUCGUUCUACCUGGAGGUCACCUCUUUCCUUGCCGAGUAUGAGCGGGCGAAGCGCGGCUCAUCAACGCCUAGGCCAGACACCAUCAGGGAAACCCUGGCAUCUGCGUACAGCUUAUACAACGCAUUCCUUGCACCUGGCUCGCCAUGCGAGCUCAACAUCGAUCACAACCUACGAAACGCUCUUGCCGGUCGUAUGACUCGUGCGGUCGGUGAGGAUGAGCAGAUGAUCAGGAGCUUGGACGAGGUGGCUGUCUUGUUCGACCAGGCACAGAACAGCGUCUUCAAGCUCAUGGCCAGCGACUCUGUGCCGAAAUUUUCUCGUGAGCCGAAAUAUGCAAACAUUCUGCGUGAGCGUAAUCUGGAAUCGAUGCUAGCGACAUCCACAGCGAGCUAG